AUGCUGCGCGCCCUCACCCUCCGUCGGCCGCCGCAUCUAGUCCGCGCGACACAGCUUACAACCCUAUUGCGCCCCCAGCUUACCAAGCCCAAGCAGUGCGGGACACCGAAGUCCUACGCAAGUCAGCAUGACGAGCAACGAGAUAGAGGCCAGCGGCUGCGCCGGCGGCUCUCGUUGCCGGACGAUUUCGAGAAGUUGACACAUGAUGAUAUAAUCCGACUGGUGCUUGACCUACAUAUCAAAGAUCCCGCGUACAUCUUCGCUCAGGCGCGGAAGUGCUGGGCGCCCACGCUGCGGCUGCGGAAGUCCUGCUUCCGCGCACUGGAAAGCGCACUGGAGCGUGAGGGUCGGGAGGUCGAAGACCUGGGGAGGCUGCCCGACCAAAUAUGGGUGGAACGGCAUCCCCACGGCGCCACCAAGGGCUCUCACAUCGCGGUCAACGAAGAGCUGAGCUAUAACGCUGCUGCGAUGGUGAGGCAGGUGGCGCGAGGCGGUCCGUUGCGGGAGGAUGCGAUCUUCGUGGAGGUCAUGGCGAGUGUUCGGGCUCAACUGCGGCACUGGCGGCAGCAGCACUUCAUCGAGCCCCAGCAGAAGGUGCCGGUGCUCAUUGCGUUUCGGGAACAGUACGUCUCGGGCGAGUUCCAGGCGGGAGUUCUCAGAUACACCGAGGUUGGCAGGUGGGUUGAGCCCAAGUCUCGCGAGCUGCUGAACUCUCUGGAUAAGCAGAAGUCUAAGGACGAGAUAGACACUGCAGCCGACCACGGUGUUGCCCCUGGAAAGAAGCGGGGAAUGGCGGCCGUUGCUCGCAGUCCCGACUCGGCCGCUCAGGCUCUCAGCAAUUCCGCAUCAUCGGUCCCGCGUGCAAAUGUGUCGGAGAGCCGUCUGACCAGCCGCACUACGCCGCUCACUGUUGACAACAUAAUUGGCUGGCUGGAGGGAAGCUGGAGCAAGAAAAACGACGAGGCUUUGCGCAACCACAUUGUCCUCUACUGUGAUGGUGGUCCGCACGGGAAAGGGAAAGCAAGGGCGGAUAGAUUUGUGAAAGACAAUCAGAAGCCGGGGGGAAAGCUUUACGAUUACUGGUCGAUCUUCGGCGGUCCAGAGUUCCAGGACGAAUUCGGCUCAGUGGACCUUGAGGAAAUCAGCUUUCGAAGAAUGGGCGCCGAGGCCUUGGCCAGCGCUGCAACAGGCAUGGUAUGGCUUUUCAACUGGGACGACAGGAAGCCUGAAGAUAUCUUCGUGAAGGUCGAACUACCAAUACUCCAGGGGCGUGAGCGUGGUGUUUUUGUUCUCUCGAUGGAAGACGACGCCAAGACCAUUAACGAUAUCAAAAAAGACAAGCAUGGUAACCAUAUAAAUCUCACGACAGUUUGGUAUGAUGAAAAGCACGGGGCAGAGUCAGACUAA